UGUAAUACUGCAUAUGAUAACCAUAGGGUGAAUGCAAAAACUAUAGCUGCUUACUUUAAGAGAGGGCUUCAAGAUAAUCCUUAGAUUAAAAUUAAGGAGAUGAUGGAAAGUGUAAAAGCUGCAUUUAACAUCAAUGUUAGUCAUUCAAAGUAUAAGAGAGCCAAGAGAAUGAUAUUGGAGAAAAUGGAGGGUAGUUUUGCAGAUGAGUACAACAAGCUUGAGGCUUAUGCUAAUGAAUUAAGGUCUAGUAAUCCAGGAACAUAUGUGGUGAUUAAUAUUUCAAAGGAUGCACUUAGUGAAGGUAAAAGAAGAUUCCUAAGAAUGUAAAUCUGUUGUCAUGCAUUGAAAAUGGGGUUUAAGAGUGGGUUGAGACCAUUCAUUGGCUUGGAUGGAACCUUUUUGAAAGGAAAAUGCAAGGGUCAAUUACUAGUAGUUGUUGCUCAAGACUCCAUGAGGCACUUUUAUCCCUUAGCUUGGUCUGUUGUUGAUAAAGAGACCAAAGUGAAAUGGAGUUGGUUCUUAAGGCUGCUACAACUUUCAUUGGACCUCAAAAUGGGAGAAGGGAUCACAUUUAUUUCAGAUAUGCAAAAGGAUUUGAUUGAUUCAGUCCACUUGGUUCUUCCUGAAGCACACCAUCGAUAUUGUGUAAGACACAUAGAGGUAAAUUGGUGGAAAAAAUGGGGACAUGGGGAAUAUAAGAAGUACUUAUGGUGGGCUGCAUGGAGCACAUUUGAGGAAGAUUUUAAAGACCAAUUAAGAAAUAUGGCACAAGUAGAUAAAGAUGGAAAAGAGGCUGUUGAACAUUUGAUGAAGUACCCACCUGAAAGUUGGAGUAGAGCAUACUUUGACACUGUUUGCAAGAACUACUCAGUGGACAACAACCUAACUGUGUCAUUCAAUUCAUGGAUCAAGGAAGCAAGAUUCAAGCCAAUUAUCAAGAUGCUUGAGGAUAUUAGAGUAAAGGUUAUGAACUUGCUAAGGGAACAUGAAUCUGAUAUGAUGUCAUGGAGUAAUGAAUUCAGUCCCCAAAUAAUGCAACUGUAUAACCAAUACUUGAAAUUGCAAACAAGUGUCAUGUUCAUUCCAAUGGUCAAGAAGGAUAUGAAGUGAGUGAAGAUGGUGACAGAAUUCUAUUUACCUAUUUGUUACCUAUUUAAUCUUACCUAUUUGUUAAAUAGAAUUCUAAGGGAAAGCAAGCAAAGAGGCAAAGAUGUUUAGCAACUCAAGACAGUAAUUAUGAAUAACCCAUGUCCCCACUUGCUGAAAUAUACCAGCUGAGGAUGACAUAGAUCUUUCAGCACCACUAUUCAGUCAAGCAAGUCAGUCAAGUCAUCCAGUACAAGCCUCAAAGUUUCAGUUUAUGCCAACUCCAUCAGUCCAAAGGAAACCUCCCAACAACACUAUGCCUCCAAAUUUUGAGUUUCCUGAUUUUGAAUCAGAUUCUGUCCCAAAAAUUAGGCCAAGGAGUUUCUCUGAAAAAAGGACAAGACUACUUAUGAGACAGCAAGGAACCAUACCGGCUAUAAGAAGGACAAUCAAUUUUGUUGGUGACUCAUCUGGUGUGAGAAAGAAAGCUGUAACAAAAAAGGGUAAUGGUAAGUCACAAAACUAAUGUCACUUGAA